UCAUCAGGGCACUGAUCAUCAGUGCCCUGAUGAUUGCCGAUCCCCGCUCUGACAACUGCCGGUUCUCGGCAGUGUUUCCUCACGAUCUGACAGCAGGGGAUAUGUACACUGAUCAUCAGGGCACUGAUGAUCAGUGUGCCCUGAUGAUCAGUGUGGCCCCAGAAGUGCCACCUGUCAGUGCUCAUCAGUGCCAGCAGUCAGUGCUGAACAGUGUCAUGUGCCUGUGCCCAUCAGUGCCACCUCAAUGCAAAAUAUCAGUGCCUACCAGUGCACAUCAAUGCCACAUAUCAGUGCCCAUCAGAGCUGCCCUUCAGUGUCACCCAUCAGUACCAGUCAGUGCCACCUAUCAGUGCCAGUCAGUGCCCCCUAUCAGUGUGCAUCAG